AUGCCUGGCAAGAUAGCAACUGGCGAAGUGACCGCACCGCCAGCAAUGGAGCCGAUGAAAGACACCCAACCACUACUAUGGCCCGAGGACAUCGCCUUCCUCACCGAUCACACCUACUCAGCUACAAUCACAGCAGAGAUCCGAGCAUCUCUCAGCAGGACCACCACUGAGAGCGCCACUUAUGCAAAACUUGUCGCAGAAGCUCUCACAGCGCCUUGUUCCCGUAUCCAAGUGCGUAUUAUAGAAGACACCAAGCACCCGGCGCACGGGCAGCGAGGUAUAUUCGCCGCGCACCAUCUAGAGCCAGACUCCUUCAUCUGCCUGUAUAUGGGGCACAUACAUACCAACAGCCUGUCUGAUACGGACCCACACAGCGACUACGACUUGUCUCUGGAUCGCGAACUCGACCUCAGCGUGGAUGCUGCACGGUCUGGCAAUGAAGCUCGCUUCGCUAACGACUACCGGGGCAUUGCUGAGCGUCCGAAUGCCGAGUUCAGAGACUGCCUCAUCAAGGUAAAAUCUGAAAAGCGGGCGGGCGGGACGAAAUGGGAACGCCGAGUAGGUAUCUUCGUCAUGUCGGCAGGCAAGGCAGGCAAACGGAAAGCAGGGAUCAAGGCCGGCGAGGAGAUUACAGUCACUUAUGGAAAAGGCUACUGGGAAAGUCGCAAGACCAUAGCAACCUUCCGGAAGGAUGCCGAAAUGCGUCCGGACGACCCGAGACGCUCCAAGACUGGAAGGUUACAUCUCCAUCCAUACAACAGCGCUCUGUUCGCCUCGAUUGAAGGGCAGGUUGCUGUGAAUUUCCGGAAUCUUCGGUUGAGGAUCAGGGCCUACGACAGUACGUUGGGCUUCCACACCAAGUACAGGUCUACCACGCGCUGGGCAGAGCUACAGCUUCUAAGCUCAUACUCCGUCGAUUCCUCUGCGCCAAAGCACGGUCAGCGGCCGCGUUUCAAGGUAGGAUUCGCUGAGGUUCGCACCACUCCUUGGUAUCAAAAGGCAGUAGACCCCACAGUUGUCAACCACAACCGCGACCUUGAGUACAUUUCGGACCCCGCGAAAACCAUCAUCGAACAACUACUGGCUGCGCCCAACUUCGGGGGACUCACGAUGAGGGACUUGGAACGUGUGGCGGACUCGACUCGGGCGGCACCACCGCCGGCGAUCACAAGGGCGCGAAAGAAGCGCGAAGCGAGCGAAGCCGCUACCAAGUCCACCAACAGAGCCUCCACCGACAUCCGCGAUGCAUACGCCGACAAGCAACUACGAGUCAACACGCAAGACGAGCCUCCGCUGUGCUAUCUGCUUGAAAAGGUGCCACCGGAAGUCCGAAACACCAUCUACGGAUACAUCGUAUACGAGAAGAAGCUCAUUGAGUUGCGCAACAAGUUCACGCUGCCUGCAAUGACUCGUGUCUCACGCCUGGUCCGCGUGGAGUCUUUGCCGGUGUUUUUCGACGUCAACUGGUUCCAAGAAGUCAAGACUGCGGCACCAUUCCAGUCCGAGUCUGUCUAUGGAUGGAAGAACGAGAGUCCUCAGGUGAAAGUUCACAGACGAUGA